GCCUGUCUCUGUCCUGUCUCUGGCCUGUCUCUGGCCUGUCUCUGGCCUGUAACAUAGAGAGUCUACUCUCCCCUGUUGAAAUGCCAGGUUUUAGUGAAGUAAAAAAAUAACAGCGAGACAAAUAAUUUCACAACUUUUUCCACCUUUAAUGUGACCUAUGACCCGUACAAUGCAAUUGGGAAAAAACUGAAACCUUUAAAAGGGAAAACUAUGGAAGAAAUGAACUGAGAACACCUGGCUGCAGAAACAUGCAGACCCUGAAGCCCUGUGCUGCAGCAGUCUGCUGUGAUGCAGCCUGUUCGGCAGCAGCCUGUCACUGUGGAGCAUCCUGAUGUGGCUCCAGAUGUGCCAGACUGCGAGGGUCUCCUGAGCACAGCCCCCUGCUGAUCAGCCUCAGGUGUCGGAUGGGUUGAGGUGUGGACUCUGGCGGGCCGGUCCAGAGCCUCCAUCUGAUUCCGGUGAAGACGUUCUUGGUUUGAUGUGAGCUUUGGGUCGUUGUGCUGAGAGAUGAAGUUCCUCUUCAGAAGGCCGGAGGUUUUGUGCCAACACUGACUGGUAUUCUGAAGUGUUCAUAAUUCCAUCCACCCUGACUGAGGCCCCAGCUCCAGCCCCUGAGCAUGAUGCUGCCACCACCGUGCUUCACUGUAGCUAUGCUGUUGUUUCUGCCAGAUGGACCUUUUGGAAUUAUGUCCAAAAAGUGCAGCCUUGGUUCCAUCAGACCAGAACACAUUUUCCCUCGUGUGUUUGGGAGACUUCAGAUGAAGCCGGGCUUGGAUGUUUUCCCGUCUUGCCACUCUGACAUCUGAAGAAGACGGGAGGUUGUUGUGUCAUGUGGGACCCAGCCAGGACUCUCCUUCACCAGUCCGGGUUCCAUGAGUGUUUUUUCAACCCGAUUGUAAACAAUCGUGUUGAAGGCGUGUGUGUGCAUGGACGGCAUACAAAGUGAUCCACGAUGAAUCCUGGUUCUCCAGGGUCCUGGGUGAAGCGAUUAUACAGCGUCCUGUGACAUGAGGACAGUCUCUCAGGAACUUGCGGGUCUUCCUCGCUGCAGCAGCAGUCCUCAGACCCAGCAGAGAGUUUUUAUCUGCUCAAAUAAUGUCUCAACAUCUCCAUGACGCUGCUCCCCUGGCCGGAGUCCGCCCCGCCCAGCGGCACGCCUCGGUGUAAAGCACCGGGGCCCUGCUCCACCUUCAGGUGUUUUGAAUUAACUGGUGUCCGUGUUAACUUGUGACCAGCUGAUGUUGAAAACUGACUGAAAGUUGUAGUGGUUCUAGUGAACGUCAUUUUUCUACAGUUACAGGAAAUUUAUCAGUUUAGAGUCUUCUGUGAGUCUGAUUUUAACAUCUGCUGUUUCCAGCAUGUGUUUACACAGAACUCCGCCGUCAUUCAUUAACAUGGGAACCAAUUAACCAUAAGUUUUAACCAUAACCAGUUUUCUAUAACACCGGCCGGGCGGUCGCUCGCAGUCUGCUAAGGAGCUCUUUCAACAACUCACUGUUGUGUGAUUUGCUUCCAUCUCUCCUCUCCAGUGUUUGUUCUCUCAGGGUUUUUAUCAAAAAGUGUUUUUCAGCCACCGUCCUGUUCUAUUUGUUUUUGACUUUCCUGUUUCCUGUCGCGUCAUCACGUCACUGCGUACCAAAGAACGGAUGGUGGAACCAGUAAUCCCUGUUUAAUCCGCUCGGCUGUCAGGAUCUGUUCAUAUGAGACACGGAGCGGGUUAUGGAUCGGUGUAGACCACCUCGUACAAUCGGCUCCGAGUGAAGCGGAUCCUCAGGGUUUAAAUGACACAUUUACAAUAUGUUUCACCCACAAUUCGAUUAUACAGGGCCAUGGAAAUGUGGCUAGUGCUGCUGUCGGCCUCUCGACAGCCUAUCGGACAAGUUCUCGUCUCGUCUAAUCAUGAGUUUUGGACGUCCGUCCAGUUCUUGGUCAAGUCUCUGUUGUGCCACGUUGGUAACGGUCUUCACUGCGCUCCAUGUUCAAUGCCUUGGAAAUUCUUCUGUAGCCUUCAGCUGACUGAUAUCUGUGAGUAAUGAGACCCUCUGAUGCUGGGAGCUCUGUGCGGACCACGGCUGGUGCAGGAUGUCAGGAACAGCCUGCUGGAACAGCUGAGCUUUAUUGGUUGCUGAUCAGAGGAUCUUUAAUGCUGACUCCAGUUUAACCCGAGUUUGAGUGUGAUUGGUUAAUUCUGAACUCUGCCACAUCCCCAGGUACAAAAGGCUGAGCAACCACUUUAUCUCGGUUUUUAUUUUUACUUCACCUUCCUGAAAGAUUUCUGCUGUCUUAUUUUCAACUGUGUUAUAAAGGUCAUAGGUCACAUUAAAGGUUGAACAAGUUGUGAAGUUAUUUGUCUUGCUGUUAUUUUUUUUCAUCAUGAAAACCUGGGAUUCCAUCCGGGGAGUGUAGACUGUCUAUAUCCACUGUCCGUCCACCACAGUGAAGAGGUGGAGUCAGUCUGGACCAGGAUUCAGCAGAACUCGGCUCUGGAAUGAGAAUUAAGACCUGCUGGUGUUUUUUAGCCAUUUUAACUGUGUAUUGAAUAUUGAAUGUGUUUUUAGGUCUUUUCUUAAUGUUUUAUUCGCUUUUUGCACUUCUGCUUGGUUUUUCUUUCUCAGUUUUUUUUGUAUUGAAUACAAAGUGGUAAAGAUGAGUGUGGAUGCUGGUGCGUUCAGGGACCGUCCCGGUGGUCCAGCUCUCAGGGCCUGACGACGGGUUUCUGAUGACCAGACGGGACACUUGGAGCCUCUCACCUCCUGGAAUGGACCUCAACAUUUUAGAGAAGCUUACAUAAAGGCCAAUGUUCAUUUUUUAGGUUGAUGGUUAAAUUCCCCUGUCGGUUUUGUGUAGUGUUGCUCCGACACCAUUCUUUGGUCCGCGAUGCCGAUGCCCGGCUGCGUAGUAUUAUCGGCCGAUGCCGAUACCAUACCGAUACCACGCGUUUAGGGAAAAAACCCCACAUAGAAGAGCAUUUUUUUCUUCUGUCCCAUGCUGCACCCGGGCCACCACACGGGGGCAGUGUUCCCUCCCGUUCUGUUCUCCUCAGGUGUUCAUUGGCUGCUGCUGUACAGCCAGGUAAAUGGCGUCGGCGCUUUAUUUGUUAGUACCAACCGAUACUGGCGUUUUAGUGCGGUGUCGGGACCGGCGUCGGUAUGAGUGCAACAUACCGAGCCAGAACCCUGACCCUGACCCCCCGCGGUGAGCUGAGGACGCCUGUCUGCACUGGACUUUAAUGGACCUUCUGUCUUUCUUUCACAUGGACUUGUGGGCGUGCGGCGGCUUCUUAAAGGAGUGGCACCGCCCCUCUGGCCUGCCUGGUCACCAUGCUGCACUCCCAGGUGAGAGGGGACCGAGUGAAGAACAGCAUCUUCUUCAAGCUGCCUGGACGGAUGAGCCUCUUCACUCUCAAGAAAAACGCCCCACAGUGGACGAAGGCCCAGCCCGAGUCGGAGGCAGCUCUGGAAGGGUCUGGAAGCUCCGCCCCCUCGGCGUCUGGCAGCGGCGCCACGGCAGGGGGCUCGGCCGCUCAGGGGGGGCCGGCUGAGGCCGGAGAGCAGGAGAGCGGCGACUCCAGCGAGACCACUGCUGCUGCCAGUGUGGACAACGAUGCCUCGGUGGACGAGAGCUCGUCCAGCGCCUCGUGCUCGGCGGAGGCUCCGCCCCCCAGCAGCCAGCCUCAGACCCGCCUCAGCAGGGCGGCGGGCCAGCAGAGCCGGUCCGACACACAGCAGCCUCAACACGCCCAGACCCGGCUGAGCCGGUCCCGCCAGUCGGGGAGGCAGAGGAAGAAAGCUGUGAUGAUGCCUCGCGUCGUUCUCACUCCUCUGAAGGUGAACGGGGAGCACGUCCCGUCAGGGCCAAUGAAGAGGAGCCGGGGCGGAGUGGAUGUGGACUUCGAGACACCCGGUUCGAUCCUGGUCAACACCAACAUCAGAGCUCUCAUCAAUGUGCGCACCUUCGCAGCUUUUCCCACACACUCUCAACAACAGCUGCUGCAGCUGCUGCCAGAGGUGGACAGACAGAUUGGACCUGACGGGAUGGCCAGGCUGAGCAGCUCCGCCCUCAACAACGAGUUCUUCACCCACGCUUCACAGAGCUGGAAAGAGAGGCUGGCUGAGGGUGAGUUCACCCAUGAGAUGCAGGUGCGAUUCCGACAGGAAAUGGAGAAAGAGAAGAAGGUGGAGCCGUGGAAGGAGAAGUUCUUUGAGGAGUACCACGGCCAGAAGUCUGGACUCACCCGGGAGGAGUCUCUGAAGCUCACCAUGAGCGACGCCACUGAGGUGGCGGCCAGCGUGUUGGACGGCGACGUGGCCGUGGUGGCUGCCGGGGCCCCGAAACGUCGCAGCGUGGGCCGGCGGAUGAGGAGGCGCACUCGGGCAGACCUGCGCCGCAGGGCCCGCCGGACACUCUGCAAGACCGCCUCGGCCCUGCAGCCCGCGGAGGCCCCCGAGCCCGGCGCCGCCGCGGACGCCUCGGCGGCCUCGCUGGGCUCGCCCAUGGCGGAGAGCACGGUGGUCCAGGCAGAGGUGGUUGUUCAGGGGGACUGUGGGGUGGAGCUCCCCCCGGAAAAUCCCCCCACGGACCCAAAGCUCAGUCCCGCUCCAGAACCGGAGGCAGCGCCGGCUCCCACUCCGGCCGCCACCCCCACGCCCAGCCCCAGCCCCAGCCCCGCCUCCGUCAGCGCCAACGAGGAGCCCGAGGUCGCCGUCCGCCUGCUCCCCGAGGAGGCGGGGCCCGUCCUGGCCUCCACCACCUCCCCGUCCUCCUCCUCCUCUUCCUCGUCCUCUGCCUCCUCGCCAGCCUCUUCGCCCUCCUCGCCCUCUGACAGACCGGGGGCUUUCGCCGCCGGCCUGGACUCUUCUUCGUCCUCCUCGGCGUCGUCCAGCGCCGCGGUGGCCGCCGACCCUCUGGACGACGCCGCCUCCGUGGUCACCUCCGUCACCGGGGGGACGGCCACCAGCAGCCGGGAGAGCAGCCCGUCGGCCAGCCCCGCCCCCACGCCGGCGCCUAGCAACCAGACCAAGGAGAGGAAGAGGAGGCCCGAGGAGACGGAGGCCUUCUCCAGCUUCCCCGAAAAGAGGCCGCGGCUUGACGACCGUCAGUCCUUUCGUACCACAAUUGACAGUGUCCGUUCAGAAAAGCCACAGCCGACAACCGAAGAGCCCAAGGUGCCGCCGAUCCGGAUUCAACUGUCCAGGAUCAAACCGCCCUGGGUCAAAGGCCACCCCACCUACCAAAUAUGCCCCCGCAUUGUGCCGCCAGGCGAGGGCUCGCGGCGGUCGGGAACAGGCGGGGCGCGCACCUUGGCGGACAUCAAGGCCCGUGCCCAGCAAGCCCGGGCCCAGCGCGAGGCCGCUGCUGCUGUUGCAGCCUCUGGCGAGGGGGCAGGGCCGCCCGGCGCCCGGCUGCGGCCUGCUGCUGGGCUACCGGAUAGCAGCAGUGGACGACGAGCAAGAGAGCAUCCAGGACCUGUCGAGCCCGGAGGAGGAGGAGGAGGAGGAGGAGGAGGAGGAAGGGGAGGUGGUGGGAUGGAGGAGCAGGGAUCGUCUUCUGGCUCUAAUUCGUCGAGAACACAACUACAGCUUCCUAAUGUAGAGCCUCCGUCCCAGCUUUCAGCAUCCACUACCUCAGCUUCCAUCUCCUCGGACCCCCCUGAGACCCCGAGUCCUCAGCAGGACCAGACCGCCGUGGAGCCGGAGCCGGAGGUGGAGGAGGAGAGCUCCUCCAGUGUGCUCUCUCCCGAGCCAGAGCCGCCCGGGCGGCCGAGCGAGGAGCCGGAGUCCGCCGCUCCGCCACAGAAUGCGGACAAACCGCCGCUGGCCCCCACCUCCAUCCCCGACUCCCUACCCCGGUUUGGGGCUCAGGGUGUGGACGUGAUCCAGACGCUGGCCAACGCUCAGGCCAAAGAGCUCGAACAGGGGAAAGAGGGGGGUCUGGGUAGUGUCAUCCAGCACGGCUCUCAGCAGGAGGCGUCGUCUCAUUCGGCCGUGAAGAAACCUCAGACAGACGCGUCUCCUCCGCGGCUCGCGGACCGCUCCAGGACGGAGAAGGACGACGAGAUGGGCGCACACAGCGACUCCACAGAGACGGCUUCGGACUGCGAGAACGAGGUCCAGGAGGACGAGUCGCCGCCGCCGCCGCAGCCUGGGCAGGACUGGCGUCCCCAGCUGGGCAGCCAGAGGAACGUGGUGAUCUGCAGCCCUCCACAGAACCAGCAGCCCGUCAUCCAGGCCCAGGCCCAUGUGAUCGCUCGCCAGGGCCAGACCGUCAUCCAGCCCUGCUUCCCCAACGGUCUGGCCCAGAGCAGAGGCCUCCCCCUCCCAGACGCCCUCUCUGCCCCCGCAGCGCUCCCUCCGGUGCUCAGAGAGGCUCAUGUUCUGGUGAAACUGGAACCUGAAGACGAGGACCGAGCCUCCAGACAGAGGUCUGCUGACGACGAGGGUCCGGUCCCCUCAAAGUCCGCCGCAGCUGCUUCCAAAAGACCUGUGAACCCUGCGCGGCCGGUGUCCAGCGUGGAGGCCAACAACCCCCUGGUGACCCAGCUGCUGCAGGGCAGUCUGCCCCUGGAGAAGGUUCUGCCCCCUCACUCUGCCAACAGGCUGGAGAUCAGCCGGUUACCCCCCCCAGCGCCCCGGACCCCCGGCCCCAAGGCCGAGGCGUCUGAGCUGACCCCCACCUCUCAGAGCCGGUCUGUGUCCUGUCUGGUGGAGACCCCGGCCGGGUCCAAGUACCAGCCCCAGCAGCCCCCCAGUGCCGUCCCGGUCAUCACCUCGCUGCCCCCCUCCUCCGGCGCUGUGUUCUCCAGGAGUAAGGCGGACCCCAGCUUUCCCACCGCUGUGGAGUCUGCAGUCAUCAAGGAGUCCCCUGGACCUCAGCCCCCGCAGGGAGCCACUCCGGACCGACCCCACUCGGGCCCCCGGACCCUGGCCAACGGUCCGGCGGGCCCCUCGCCCCCCCACGCCGACCCCUGCCCCCCCGAGGUGGUGCCGAGCAUCAAGAUGAGCUGGCGUGGCCCUCCGUCUCAGCCGUCUGCCGCAGUGAAGAGCGAGGCCGGCGCCCGGCCGUCCUGCCAGGUCCAGUCCUCGUCCUCGUCCUCGUCCUCCGCCGUCCUGACCGUCGCCAAGAAGGAGCCGGGCGGCUCCGUGGACGGCUACCUGAGCGGCGGCGCCAUGGAGGGCCUGCUCAACAUGGAGAUGACUCUCGCCAGGAUGGCCAAGAAGGAGCACGGCAAAGCGCCGUACUCCUCCCCCUGCUCCUCCUCCUCGCCCUCCCCCUCCUCCUCCGUCUCCUCGCUCCCCUUCCAGCUGUACGGGAAGCUUCCCAAGCCGGGCGGGGGCGGAGUCAGCUACACCGCCAACGUCUCCGUCAUGGACAACGGCGGCUUCUCUCGCAGCGUGGCGGACGGCGUGCUGCAGCUGCGGCCCCGCCUGGCGUCCGGCCAGACCACCCUGAGCAUCCAGGCCUUCGCCGACACCACGGCCGAGGAGGUGGCGCUCAAGUGCUCCUGCCGCCUCAAGGCCAUGAUCAUGUGCCAAGGCUGCGGCGCCUUCUGCCACGACGACUGCAUCGGGCCCUCCAAACUGUGCGUGUCCUGCCUGGUGGUCAGAUAGAGCUGCUGUCUGAGGAACAGGAGUGUACAGACCCCCCGGAGUGUACAGACCCCCCGGAGUGUACAGACCCCCCAGGAGCAGCCUCAUGGGCAAGAUUUGCCUUGUAAAAUUGGACUAUUUUUUGUGGUUACAGAUUUUCAGACUUUGUUUAGCUGUACUGAUAUUAUUAUUAUUAUUAUUAUUAUUAUUAUUGUUAUUAUCCUUAUUAUUGUGAAUUUGGGGCAUGAUUGAUUGUAAAUUGUGCCUUUUUUGUUUUCUCACCUCAGAAACAUGUACCUCAUCUCACCUUGCUCCACCCGUCAUCAGUUGGUGGUCAUUAUUGUUUGAUCCCUCGUUUCUUCAAACAGGGACUCAUUGUUGUCUCUUUGAGCAAAGAAGUAUUUUUUUAACCAUUAAAAUGGAUAAUUAACAUUGU